AUGAUGCGACCUACUCCUGCUCUCAUACCUCGACUCACACCUUCUCUCGCGAAACUUCCUCUGAAUUUGGGUAUACAACAACCAUCGACGGGGUCGAAUGUAGUAGCUGGAAGUAAAGGUUCAUUCAGAGGUUGGUUCAGGACUAAUGUGGAUUCUCGCAUCUCAAACCAAUCCACCACUUUGUCCCUUCCUCUCUCUCAAACCCAAAUCCAAACCCCAACACAUACCCAAUCAAUAACGUCUAAGACAAAAUCUAAAACUUCUUCUGUACCUGCUCCGACUUUAGCAUGGUGCGAUUUCCUUUCCAUUGUCUAA